AUGGAUGAUAUUCUCCGUAUAGCAGAGGUCCUGUAUGGUGGUCUGUGUCGUCAGAUAGGGACACCGACAGAAGUGGCCAUCAGGAGGGACAUCAAGGACAUGGAGGAGAUGAUAAUGAAAUCUUUUUAUAAUAAAAGAGGAUGUGUUUUAAUAAAUAGUGGUAGUUAUAGAGAGGGAUUUAGAUUUAGUUCAUCUGACAUGGAUACAAUGCUCUGGUGGUGUAAAUAUAAAUUAAUAACUGACAUCUCUCAAGCUGAAGUUUACAGUUCAUCAAAACAUAAUAUCAUAUUAAUUGAAGAUUCAGACACACCACCAGGAUUUGUCAGACUAGAGCUUCUGACAUCCACACGAAACGAUUUCGUGAUUUCGUGUCUUGCUUCCUUUAAUGGCAGAUAUUAUAUAUCUAGUUCUUUGUGGACAGAAAGACAUUUUCAGAUCUUUUCGAAGGUCAAACGUAACCAAACACAGAAUUUCACCAUUCAUGGUCCUUGCACGAGCGGUUUCUAUGGACCUAUAAAAUUCGAUCAUGCUAUAUGUUUUUCCACUUUAUUUUGGCCAAAGACAUUCAAUGUUUGGAUUGACAGAUGUCUGAGAUAUAUUUGGCCGUCUGCACCUGUGAUGGAAAAAAUUCUAAGAAAUGGAUGUCACUGCGUGCCGAUUGGAAGUAAAAUUGUAUCGACUUCUAACGAAUUAGAAUGGAGAUUAUCGUUUUCUCAAGCCGAACAACAACUAGUGUAUAACAUGAAUCAUACACAAUUUUUAUGUUAUGGACUUCUGAAAAUAUUUUCAAAGGAAGUUAUCAAUCACAGGGAGGAACCAUUACUGUGUUCAUAUUACAUGAAGACCACGAUGUUCUGGAUGAUACAACUUGGACAUUUAAGAUGGUGCCCGAACAAUUUAUUGAAUUGCUUCUGGAAGUGUUUUAAAUAUCUUAUUCACUGUGUUUAUCGUGGAGUGUUUCCUAAUUUUUUUGUUCCACAGAACAAUAUGUUCAAAAACAAAGUAGUCGGUGAUGCACGCGAAUCUCUUUUACAACAGCUUUAUCAGUAUUACAGGAUGGGUGUGUCCUGUCUUCUGCUUAGUCCGACGCUCAGGCCAAUUCUAGAACUAGCUCUCAGUAGCCCGUUCGUUGUAUUAUCUUCUGAUGUGGGAGAAAUGAUAGAUAUUUCAACGACAGAUAUGUGUUGCAAAACAGGGAAAUAUGAUAAGACAUUCCAUAUCACUGUUCUCACUAAACAAAGAAUGUCACAGUCCGUCAAUAUGUAUAGAGAUACCACUGACAGACUAGGUAAUAAAUAUCAGUGUUUACAGUCACUGAAAGACCUACAGAAACUGCUGCUCUAUGAUGAUGGGACAUAUGUUCCCUUAAAAUUCAGAGACAUAUCCUGGCAGAUACUAGGAAUCUGUCAGCAUAUGCUUUAUCAGUAUUACAGAAUGGGUGUGUCCUGUCUACAGCUAAGUCCGACUCUCAGAUCAAUCCUAGAAGCAGCCCUAGGUGACACGUCUUUUGUGUUAUCCUCUGUUGAGGGAGAAUUUAUAGCUACUGCAGAUAUAGAUUUGUGUGGCAGUUAUGAAAUAUUGUUUGUUGUUAAGAAAGUGACUGUGGGAGUCAGCAAGAGCUGUAAAGAGCCGAACUGUAGGAACUGCGCUGUAAGAGCCAGUAUUAAAGAAAAGAGCUGUAGGAGCCGGUAUUCAAAGAGCCAAGCUGUAAGAGCCGGUAACCAUAAGAGCCGAGCUAUCCACUUCAGUAAGAAGUGUCUAAAAACUGAUGCCGUCCCAUCUGUAUUUCCGUGGAUCCAGAAUGCACCUCCCAGAAAACCUCCCAGAGAACGUCACCACUUACCUCCAAGUAGGAAAAUUCUAAGAGAACUUCCAAGUAAUCUUGUUGACCAGCUUGAGAGAACAGAACCAGAGAAUCAUGAGAUAGACUCCACAGAUACCCAUAGUUAA